AUGGCUACUGCCUCCGUCUCAACGCCUUUGAAGACCCAUCGUGGCAUUUUCUCGACAAAGACCGCUGGCGGUCGAUUGCCUCUAACUCCUUCUCCUCGCACAAGGACAGCUAGCAAUGCCGAUCUGAACUCGUCACCUUUCACUCCCCCGCGUGAAGCCCUGGAUGGCGCUACGGGAACUCAGCAGUCGGUCUACGGUGGAGGGAGUCUUGCCUCACAUUUUGCCAAAUCGGUCUCAAAGUCCCGUGCCUACAGGGAAUCGCCCAAGUCCAACAUUGCUCGCACACGCAAAUCGCCAAAGCACCUAGAACUGGGGGUCUCUGACUGGAGUCUGACGGGUACUGGUCCGUCCUCUGGCCACACGCCUUCUAAAGAACGCUCUCGUAAAGACCUGGGCCGGCCUCGUACAACCAAAAUUACUACAUCGAAACAUGGCACCACAUCAAAAACAACAAUUCGCAUCCCACACACUGCUGGCGAUCGUUUUAUUCCUAAUCGAAUGGCCAGUGAAGGACUGACAACUGUUGGUGCUGCCAAGCCUGAAGAAGGGCAACGACCUAAGACGAGUGGCAGUGACGGGUCUGCGGUUCUAGCCAACGCUGCUAGUGCAUUUGAUAUCGGAGGCCGUGGAUCGGAUGACGAUUUGACCGCUGCUCUUGAAAACCUGGGGCUUGAUGACAAUGAAUCGUCAAGUACCUACUCACGACCUGCUCCUGACGCUGUGGCUUAUGAGUCGUCGUUAGCCAAUGCCUGUGGUGUCAAGCUCAACACACGUAUCCUAGCAUAUAAGCCUCCCCCACCAGAGUCUUCGAAGCCGAUUGAUCUGCGAGCCCAGUAUAACCGUCCACUCAAGCCAAGUGCCGCUCAAUCCGCGCAAUUUCGCCGCCGAGUUCAAACUGCCCCAGAACGUGUAUUGGACGCCCCGGGACUACUUGAUGACUACUACCUCAAUCUUCUUGACUGGAGUUCUGGCAACCAAGUUGCCAUUGGAUUGGAACGCAACGUCUAUGUCUGGUCAGCUGAUACUGGCUCAGUUGACUGUCUUUUAGAAACUUCCCCUGAUACAUAUGUCAGUAGUGUCAAGUGGAGUGGUGAUGGAGCUUAUGUGGGUGUUGGUUUGGGGACUGGUGAAGUUCAAAUCUGGGAUGUUGAGGAAGGCACCAAACUGCGCAGCAUGUACGGACAUGACACCCGCGUAGGAGUGAUGGGAUGGUCCAAACAUACACUAUCCACUGGUGCUAGGAGUGGGCUUGUUUUUAACCACGAUGUGCGCAUUGCCCAACACAAGGUUGCAGAGCUUGUCUCUCACACCUCUGAAGUUUGCGGCUUGGAAUGGCGAUCAGAUGGAGCACAGCUAGCCACUGGAGGGAAUGACAACCUCGUUAACAUCUGGGACGCACGGUCACUCAGUGCCCCCAAAUUCACCAAGACCAAUCAUCGUGCCGCCGUCAAGGCAUUGAGCUGGUGCCCAUGGCAGCUCAACUUGCUCGCAACUGGUGGUGGUUCCUAUGACCGUCACAUCCACUUUUGGAACACCACGACUGGCGCUCGUACAAACAGCAUCGACACCGGAUCGCAGGUUACCAGCCUGCAGUGGAGCAAUCACUACCGAGAGAUCGUUAGUUCCAGUGGAUUCCCUGACAACUCACUGAGCAUCUGGAGCUACCCGACUUUGGUGCGUAACGUUGAAAUCCCUGCUCACGAAACUCGCGUUCUCCACAGCUGUUUGAGCCCGGAUGGUCAAAUGCUUGCGACCGCCGCUGCCGACGAGAGCUUGAAGUUCUGGAAGGUCUUUGAGCGCAAACCUGGUACAAGUGCUGCAGCUGCUCGUGAAGGUGGUGUAGGUGGCAAGGCUCGCAUGGCCAAAUCCAUGACCAUUCGAUAA